UGGGUGCGGAUUGACAGUGGGAGCCCCGGCGCCGGGCGCGGGGCUCGGUGACAGCGGAGGAGGCGGCCGCGGGCUGGACAUCAGGCGCGACGGCGGCGCCGACGGCAGCGUGAAAGGCGGACGGGGCGGGCCUCCCCGGUGGCGCGGAGCCGGAGGAGUCCGGGAGGGGGCGGCAGGCUCAGCUCUCGGGCCGGACACCUGAACUUGGGACAAGUUGCCGGAGCCGCGGGGGACAGGCGGCGGACGGAUUGACCUUCAGAGAUAGGGAGCCGGAGCCCGCGGCCGCCAUGGCGUCGCGCAUCGGGCUGCGCAUGCAGCUCAUGCGGGAGCAGGCGCAGCAGGAGGAGCAGCGGGAGCGCAUGCAGCAGCAGGCCGUCAUGCAUUACAUGCAGCAGCAGCAGCAGCAGCAGCAGCAGCAGCUAGGCGGGCCGCCCACCGCGGCCAUCAACACCCCCGUCCACUUUCAGUCUCCGCCACCUGUGCCUGGGGAGGUCCUGAAGGUGCAGUCCUACCUGGAGAACCCCACCUCCUACCACCUGCAGCAGUCCCGGGACCAGAAGGUGCGGGAGUACCUGUCUGAGACCUACGGGAACAAGUUUGCCGCCCACAUCAGCCCUGCCCAGGGCUCCCCGAAGCCCCUGCCAGCCGCCUCCCCUGGGGUGCGGGCCGGACACGUGAUGUCCUCCUCAGCCGGCAACAGUGCUCCCAACAGCCCCAUGGCCAUGCUGCACAUUGGCUCCAACCCAGAGAGGGAGUUUGAUGUCAUUGACAACAUUAUGUGUCUGGAUGACGUCCUGGGCUUCAUCAAUCCUGAAACUCAGAUGCCUAACACGUUGCCCCUGUCUAGCAGCCACCUGAACGUGUACGGUGGUGACCCCCAGGUCACGGCCUCCCUGGUGGGCGUCACCAGCAGCUCCUGCCCUGCUGACCUGACCCAGAAGCGAGAGCUUGCAGAUGCAGAGAGCCGGGCCCUGGCCAAGGAGCGGCAGAAGAAAGACAAUCACAACCUAAUUGAAAGGAGGCGGAGGUUCAACAUCAAUGACCGCAUCAAGGAGCUGGGAAUGCUGAUCCCCAAGGCCAACGACCUGGAUGUCCGCUGGAACAAGGGCACCAUCCUCAAGGCCUCGGUCGAUUACAUCCGGAGGAUGCAGAAGGACCUGCAGAAGUCCCGGGAGCUGGAGAACCACUCCCGGCGCCUGGAGAUGACCAACAAGCAGCUCUUGCUCCGCAUCCAGGAGCUCGAGAUGCAGGCCCGGGUGCACGGCCUUCCCACCACCUCCCCUUCAGGCGUGAAUAUGGCUGAACUGGCCCAGCAGGUGGUGAAGCAGGAGCUGCCCAGUGAAGAGGGCCCAGGGGAGGGCCUGCUGCUGGAGGCCGAGGUCCCGGAUCCUGAGCCACUGCCAGCUCUGCCCCCACAGGCCCCGCUGCCCCUGCCGGCCCAGCCACCUCAGCCACCCUCCCCAUUCCACCACCUGGACUUCAGCCACGGCCUGAGCUUUGGGGGUGGGGGCGACGAAGGGCCUCCAGGCUACCCUGAACCUUUGGGGCCAGAGCAUAGCUCUCCGUUCCCCAACCUGUCCAAGAAGGAUCUGGACCUCAUGCUCCUGGACGACUCACUGCUACCGCUGGCCUCCGACCCUCUCUUCUCCACCAUGUCCCCUGAGGCCUCCAAGGCCAGCAGCCGCCGGAGCAGCUUCAGCAUGGAGGAGGGCGACGUGCUGUGACCCUGGCUGCCGCCAUGCUGGGGAACAGGAGCAGGCCUGGGGGCUGGGAGGACCUGGGCUGCCUCCCUCCCACCCUUCGGGCUGCACUCCUGUGUGAAGUAGCCAACCGCUUCGCCUCACUCCUUCCUGUCGGCCUCUUGUUUGGACUCAGUGCCUGCCUGGCAGCCUGUGGGGCCGGGAGAAGCCCCCCCACCCUCGGCUCAGUACUCCCCGGGGAUAUCCCUCUCGAUGGGGCUGGACAGGAACAGGCCUUGGGCCUGGCUCCUGGAGCUGAAAUCCUGAGGGGAAGGGAGGGGACGGGUGUGCUAGAGGUAAGACGAGGUCCUGGAAGGGUCUCGUCUUUGGAGUCUGAUCCCCGCCCCUGCCAGGGAAGGAGGACACGGGGCUCAGGAAGUUCCUCUUCUGAGGCAGCGACUGGUCCAGGGGGUGGCCCAGGCCUGCCUUUCUGGGACUCAGAUGGCAACAAGUCUGUCCUCUGGCCUGGCACCCCACCCCCCUUUGGUGCUAACAGCUCUCCACCUGGUGGUGUGAGGGCGGGCGUGGCUGGAAGAGGGGGCGCUGGGUUCAAGUUAGAGCGUGGGGUCCCUGCUGGAAGAGCAGCUCCCCCCAGGCUCCCCACUUUGUGCCUUUAGUAAACACUGUGCUUUGUA